AUGUUCCUCAAGGUCACCAAGGCCCUGGUUACAGUGGUAUGAUUCUGUCAGAAAAUCCCUUCUGGUAUCUUAUCAUCAGUAUGUGUGCUUUUGUGUCCUAAAAAUUGGUGGAAGGCAACUCUGAGGCUCAUGAAUAUAUGGAUUUGGGGGUUGUCCUAAGUUGUCACACCUUUUCCUUAGUCUGAGUUGUAUAUUCUGAAUAUCUCCCUGGUCCAUGAAAUGAAACAGAGCAUGGAAGGUAAAACUGAUUCUGUGAUAUAUAUUAUACAAACAAAUUAUAAUUAUACUCUUCUAUGAAAAUAUUGUUGUUCAUGCAGCUGGAUGUGACUGUUUGUAAUGGCCUGGAGGACUUUAGGAUAUUAUGGCCAGCUGGAUCUUGUAACAGUUUGGAUUCUCCUGGCUUUUCAUGUUUGGAGAUGGGAAUAGAAGAAAAGGCUUCCAUUUUUUUUUUCCCCUGUUUUUGUCUAUAAAACAUCAUGCACUUGUGACCCUGUGCUUCAUGGAGUGCUGUGUGAUGUUGUGAGUAUUUAAGAAGGAGAUGAAAGUUUUUCUCACAAGGAGUUGAUAGUCUUAAGAUGGAAAUAUUUCUUUUAUUUGCAUAGCAUUUCUCCGAGGGGUUCUGUUCCCUGACAGUAGAGAGACAUGGACACUGGAAGUGAUCACAAUAAAAAUGUAGCAAUAAAUUCCUGUGUUCCUGAUGCUGUUCUUAAAUUCAUGAAGUGAGUGUGACCAGAGAGGAAGAGUCUGAUGACCCAGUCAUAGAAUAAAUGUUGAGAAAUCGAAGUCCUAUGUGAAUUUCUUACGAAUUGAGUAGAGAUCUCCAGUGCUGUCUCACCCAUCCUCCUGUACACAUGCAUGGGAUGUUUCAGGACUCAGUGGCCUUUGAGGAUGUGACUGUGAACUUCACCCUGGAGGAGUGGGCUCUUCUGAAUCCAUCCCAGAAGAAACUCUACAGAGAUGUGAUGCAGGAAACCCUCAGGAACCUGGCCUCAAUAGGAGAAAAAUGGGAAGACCGUAAUAGUAAAAGUCUGUAUGAACAUCAGCAGACAGAUCUAAGCAGGCCUGUGGUAGAGAGUCCCUGUAAAAAUAAAGAAGGUAGUCUGUGUGGAGAAUCCUUCAGCCAGAAUCCAGAUCAUAAGCAGAUAAAGAAAACUCCUACUGGAAUAAAACUGCGUAAAUGCAGUUUUUGUGGACAAGUGUUCAGGCAUCACUCAUCCUUUAGCAGGCAUAUGAUCUCUCACACUGGCCACAAACUAUAUGAGUAUCAGGAAUAUGAAGAGAAGCCUUAUAAAUGUAAGGAAUGUGGGAAGGCCUUCAAGCAUCGCCAAUCCAUUCGAGUACACGUAAGGACUCACACUGGAGAGAAACCGUACAAGUGCAAGCACUGUGGGAAGGCCUUCAAGCAUUGCCAAUCCAUUCGAAAGCACGAGAGGAUUCACACUGGAGAGAAACCCUACGAAUGCAAACAAUGUGGAGAAACAUUCAGAUAUCGCCACAACUUUCAAAAACAUGAGCGAACUCACACUGGAGAGCAGCCCUAUAGAUGUAAGCACUGUGGCAAAGCCCUCAGUUGUCUCAGUUACUGUCGAAUUCAUGAAAGAACUCACACUGGAGAGAAACCGUAUGAAUGUAAGCAAUGUGGGAAGGCCUUCAGUUAUGCCAGUUACAUUCGAAUCCACGAGAGAACUCACACUGGAGAAAAGCCCUAUGAAUGCAAGAAGUGUGGGAAAUCCUUCAGUUGUCCGAAUUAUUUUCGAAAACACGAAAAGACUCACACUGGAGAGAAACCCUACGAAUGUAAGCAGUGUGGCAAAGGCUUCAGUUGUCCUAGAUCCUUUCGAAGUCAUGAAAAGAGACACAGGGGUGAGAAGCCCUAUGAAUGUAAAAUUUGUGGUAAAACCUACAGUUGUCCCAUCUACUUUCGAAAUCACGAAAGGAGACACAGUGGGGAAAAAUCCUACGAAUGUAAAAUAUGCGGCAAGUCCUUCAGUUGUCCAAAGUAUUUUCGAAAACACGAAAGAAGUCACACUGGAGAUGAACCCUGCGAAUGUAAUGAAUGUGAGAAUACCUUGAGUCCUCUCACCAUAUUUCAAACACACAUGAUGAAGCACAGCGAAGGUGGACCUUAUAAGUGUAAGGAGUGUGGGAAAGUCUUCGAUUGUCCCAAUAACUUUCGAUGUCAUGAAAAGAUACACAGUGGAGAAAAGCCAUAUGAAUGUAAGGAAUGUGGCAAAGCUUUCAGUUCAUCCAUGUCCCUUCAAAACCACGAAAGAAGUCACAGUAGGAAAAAACCUCAUGAAUGUAAGGAAUGUGGUAAAGCCUUCAGUUUUCCCUGUUCCCUUCAAAAACAUGAAAGAAGUCAUACUGGGGAGAAACCGUAUGAAUGUAAGCAGUGUGGGAAAGCCUUCACUUAUCUCAGUUCUAUGCAAAAGCAUGAACGAACUCAUAGCGGAGAGAAACCCUAUGAAUGUAAGCAGUGUGGGAAAGCCUUCAUUUAUCUCAGUUCUAUGCAAAAACAUGAAAGAACUCAUAGUGGAGAGAAACCCUAUGAAUGUGAGCAGUGUGGGAAAGCCUUCAUUACUCUCUCAAACGUUCAGAGGCACAUGAUCAAGCACACUGGAGAUGGACCUUGUAAGUGUAAGGAGUGUGGGAAAGCCUUCGAUUGUCCUAGUUCAUUGCGAACCCACGAACGUACUCACACUGGGGAGAAACCCUAUCAGUGUAAACAUUGUAGUAAAGCCUUCACUCGUUCUAGUUCUUUACGAAACCAUGAAAGAACUCACAAUGGAGAGUAGCCAUGUGAAUGUAAAGAAUAUGGAAAAUUCUUCAGUUGUUCUAGUUCUUUCUGAAUACAUGAAGUAACUCACACUGGAGAGAAACCUUAUCAACACAAACAAUAUGGUAAAGUCGUUACUCCCUGUGAUGUUCAUAUACGUGGAAUUCAUACCAGAGACAAACUCAUUGUAGGGAAAGUCGUGCAAACUUUCACUGGGGACACAAGAGAGUGCACAUGGGGAGAAACCAUAUAAACGUAAAGAAUCAGGGAAAGCCAUCCAUGCAUUUCCAUGGGAAACUACAGAAGAACUCACACUGAAGAGAAUUCUAUUGAAUGUAAACAUUGUAGGAAAAUUCACUUGCCUCACCUUCUUACAAAACCAUGUGAGAAUGUAUAAUACUUUAUAAUGAAAAGUAAGGGAAGCUUUUUAAUUAAAAAAUAUUUUCAGAAUAAUUUGAAAACUGCACUGGAAAGAAACAAUUACCUCUUGCCAGAACCACCAGGACAUACCUGCAGUCAUGGAGAGCAGUGUACCCACUUGUCAUCAGCAGGACUGCAAAGGAGAAGUGACUGUGGGUGUAUCAGUAAGAAAGUAUCCAAAAGGACUUCUAGAAUUUGGACCAGUGUUAAGUGAUCUGAACGAUAGUUCGUGAAGGAACACAUUGCUGUCUAUUGGAUGCUGUGAGGAGGUGUAUACCCAUAAUAGUUGAAAGCAGAGUCUCAAAGAGAUACAAACCUAUGUUCACAACAUCAUUACUCAGACUGGCAAAUGGAAGUGACCCAAUGUACAUCAACUGAUGAAUGCAGGAGCAAAGAGCUAUGCAUACAUACAGUGGAACAUUAUUCAACCUUAAAAAUAGAGGACAUUCUGACCCAUGCUACAUGUUCAAAAAUUGUGGUGCUAAUAGGCUGUAUUGGUCAAUAUACUGAAAACCAUUGAGUUGUACACAUUAAAGGGAUGUGUUGUAUAUCAUGUAUAUUGUAUCUCAAUAAAGCUAAAUAAAUACCUCAAAUGCA